AUGGACGGGGCGGCUCGCCGGGGGGUGCUGGCCGCGCUGCUGGCCUGCGGGCUGCUGCUGCUGGGCGCCGCGGCCACCCCGACCCCGCCGGCCCCCGCCGGCGGCUCCCCGCAGGACACAUGCACCUCCUGCGGCUUCCGGCGGCCCGAGGAGCCGGGCAAGGUGGACGGGGAUUUCCUGGAGGCGGUCAAGAGGCACAUCCUGAGCCGGCUGCAGAUGCGGGACCGGCCCAACAUCACGCACGCCGUGCCCAAGGCGGCCAUGGUCACGGCGCUGCGCAAGCUGCACGCCGGCAAGGUGCGGGAGGACGGCCGCGUGGAGAUCCCCAGCCUGGACGGGCAGGCGAGCGCCGGGCCCCCGGCCCACGACCCCAUCUCCGAGAUCAUCAGCUUCGCCGAGACAGACGAUCUGGCCUCAUCUAGAGUCCGCCUCUAUUUCUUCAUCUCGAAUGAAGGGAACCAGAACUUGUUUGUCGUUCAAGCCAGCCUGUGGCUUUACUUGAAGCUGCUUCCAUAUGUCUUAGAGAAAGGCAGCAGGCGAAAAGUAAGAGUCAAAGUCUAUUUCCAAGACCCGGACACUAGCAACAAGUGGAAUGUGGUUGAAAAGAAAGUUGAUCUCAAAAGAAGUGGUUGGCACACUUUUCCCAUGACAGAGGCGAUCCAGGCUCUGUUUGAGAAAGGAGAAAGGAGACUGAACUUGGAUGUUCAAUGUGAGGGCUGUGAAGAGUAUUCAGUGCUGCCAAUUUAUGUGGACCCCGGGGAGGAAUCCCACCGGCCUUUUUUAGUGGUGCAAGCCCGUUUAGCUGAUAACAAACACAGGAUCCGGAAAAGAGGUCUGGAGUGUGAUGGCAGGACCAAUCUAUGUUGCAGGCAACAGUUUUACAUUGACUUUAGACUCAUUGGGUGGAAUGACUGGAUCAUAGCACCAUCAGGUUACUAUGGGAAUUACUGUGAAGGGAGCUGCCCGGCCUACUUGGCCGGAGUCCCAGGGUCAGCUUCCUCUUUUCACACCGCGGUAGUGAAUCAGUACCGAAUGCGGGGGCUGAACCCGGGCACCGUGAACUCCUGUUGCAUUCCAACCAAACUUAGCACAAUGUCAAUGCUGUACUUUGAUGAUGAAUACAACAUUGUGAAAAGGGACGUUCCCAAUAUGAUUGUGGAAGAAUGUGGUUGUGCUUGAUUUAAGGUGUGUUUUUUGGGGGGGAGAGAGAGAGAGCAUUCCCGUACUAGAUGGUAUUGGAGGAAGUUUCACUGUGUAUCCAGGCAUCAGUGUUGAAAAGUCACUGUGGAAAAGUUUGACUAAAAAAAAAAAAUCAUUUCACUUUGGUGUCAGGACAGUGGCAGUUUGUGGAUCUUGGACACUUAUAUAUUCUACCACUUAUAAGUUAACACUAUGAAAUAUCUUAAAGACACACACACAAACACACACACACAGACACACACAACGUGCGUGCACACACACACACAGAGACAAACACACACACUCAGACACACACAGACACACACAAGGCAGCUUGAAAAAAGGGAUGUAAGCAAGAGGAAGUCAGUGACCAGUGACAAUGUAACUAAAUGCCUGCCAGUACAAGUGAAUGGUUCAGCAGCUGUUUCCCCACCUGCUAGCGAAGUCAGACCGAAAUGAGCUCCCUUUGCUCAGGCAAAAGCACAAACUAAGAGAACACAACAUAUUCUUGCACGCAGGUGUCAAAAUGACCAAACUUAGAAAUUAAAACAACAACAACAAAAAAGAAAGGCAAGAAAAAGAAGACUGUCGCCUCUUAGGUCUAAUGGGAAGCUGCAGAACACCUGCCUUUGUAGGUGAUCACUUCCUCUUAAUUUAAAUUUAUCUAAAUAUAAACAUCACAGAUACCCGCAUCUUCAUACUGCACUUCCAGUAAGGAAUCAUGUGAUAACACCAGAGCGAGCAAGCGAGAGAGAGAGAGAGAAGAAAGGAGACAGAUACAUAAGCAACUGCUGUAUUUCUAACGUCAGACUGUUGCGAAGUCACAAGCUGGGCUGGCAUUAUUUGAUGCUUUAACUGACCAUUAGAAAUCCGUGGAUGGCUAUACCUGUUGUGUCUCGGAAAAGGGGAUUUGAUAUCGUAUCUGGACUGUGUUGACCGUUAGCAUCUCUCACUGUUCUAAGAACAAAAAAUCAAAGUUGCAAUCUGUGUUCUUCAACAGGGGACUCAGCAAGGACACGUCACGUGGGGGAAAACAAACAAACAAACGCUACCACGACUAAACCAAUGAACCCUAAAGAGGAAUGACAGUAAUACAGUGGAGACACUCUGAAAAAAAUGCAGUGCAUUUAAUAACAGGCGAGGAACAUUUUAACAAGUCUUGGAAAGGAGGAGAGAGGAGAGUGCUUUCAAUUUCCUUACCAGGAGGUGUCAAGGAUGGCCAUAAAGAUCAGAAAAUAAUGAUACAGCAUAGCACUUGCAAACUGCUUGAAUGCACGUAUAAUAGCACUUGCAAAUUUCAAUGCCUUGAAAAGUGGUACUUGAUAGUGCACUUAUCUUUGCUCACUAUCUAGGUAAACAGGUGCCGCAUGAGCUAUGCAAUUUAAAGUGUUGACCCAUACUAGACAAAACUGGACUUAUGAUAUGACUUUUUUAUAUUUUUUUAUACUUGAAAUUAAAUCUUUUGCUUCUUUUUUAAAGCGAAUGAUUGCUUUUAAUGUUUGCACUGAUUUAGUUGCAUGAUUAGUCAAAAAACUGCCAUUUGAAAAAAAUGUUAUUUUUAUAGCAGCAAAAAAUGAAUACAGUUAAAUGUAUUAUACAUAAAUUUUGGAACCAAAGAGGCCAACAUAUUAGUUAUAAUUUUUAUGAGAUGGCAAAGCCAUCAUAUAUCAUGUAGUCAUACUGAGCAAUCCCUCACAAGGCCUACCAAUUAUUUCAGGGUACAAAAUGGAUUCUGUUUGUUCUAUUCAAUGUCUUUUCUAUACCAUACGCACAUGGAACAUAGAGUGAAAAAAAUGACUAUUGUAGAAUACAUUACAAUAUGUGCAUCCUUUAA